AGAGAGAACCACAUUUUAAAGAAAGAGAAGGGUAGAUUGUUACCUCCGUCCGCAAUGCGCAAGCGCGAAUGAGCGAAACGGCGCACAGCUUUAGCGCGUUUUAUUUGUAAGAGAGGUUAGGGUUAGGAAAUGAAGGUGUCACCUAAAAAGUUAUAUUUUGUAGGAAAAAAUGCCAGGCCCAUAUUGUGUCUUAUGCGGUAAACGUGAUAAAUCGGUAUCUUAUCAUGGAUUUCCGAAAAACGACGAAACUCGUAAGAAGUGGCUUGAUUUUUGUGGCAUUGAUGAACAUGUUUUAAGCACAGCUACUAAACUGUGUUCAAAUCAUUUCGAAGAAGACAAAUUAAUCCACAAAUCUAAGAAUACGUUUCUCAAGCCCAAUGCUCUGCCAACUAUUACGAGUAAAAAGAGGAAGAAACAUCAAUGUUUAGAUAGCAGUCUGAAAAAAUCAAAAAAUUCGAAAAAUAUCAGUGAGGAAAUAGUCAGCAAUGGAACUGUCAAUGAUAAAAUUCAUCAUAAUAAUGGAACUGCCUUUAACAUGACUGUCAAUGAUGGAAUUGUCAUUAAUGAUGGAGUUAUUACCAAUGGAACUAUCCAUAUAACUGUGGAUGAUAGAAUUAUUGAUGAGACUAUAGACAAUGAAAUUAUUGAUAUGACUGUGGACAAUGGAAUCGUCAGCAAUAGUGGAAUCAGUGAUGAAAUUGUCGACAAGACAAUCCAUUGUGAUAAUGACAUCAUCACCGAUGAAACUGUUCCUAUGGGAAUCCAUCGUGAUGAUGGAAACAUUAUUGACGAAACCGAGACACUAAAUUCUGAUACUUGCCUAACUGUGAAUCGUCCAUCUACACCUCCAAACUCUGAACGGAGUAAUUGUUUCCAAACACCUGUCAAAAAUUUACAUGACCCUCGUUUUGUUGGUGCCAUUAGAACGCCACAUCUUGCCACGCCAAGGAAAGCUCUAAGAGCUUUAGAAGUAGCGAAACGAACAAUCGAAAAACAGCGAAGGAAAAUCAAAACGUUGCAGCAGGCCAAAAUCAGAUUAGUUGGUCGCAUAACAACGCUAAAUGGACUAAUCAAACAUUUAAAGCAAAAAGAUCUAUUAUCGGAAACAACAACUGAUAAUUUAAUGGUUGAAGCUCCAACAGUAUUAAAUGAGAUUUUGAAACGAAAAAAAGGUUUGAGAAAGAAAUACCCUGCAGAACUAAGAGCUUUUGCCCUUACGCUGAACUUCUAUUCGCCCAAAGCGUACAAAUAUGUACGUAAAACUUUCAAAAAUUUUCUUCCAGACCUUUCAACAAUCCGUAAGUGGUAUUCGGUAUUAGAUGGUCGACCUGGAUUCACUCACGAAGUACUUGAAGCAUUAAAGUGUAAAGUUUUUAAGUCAAAAACACCGAUUUUCUGUAAUUUGGUAGUAGACGAAAUUGCGAUUCGACAGGGCAUAGUAUAUGAUGGUAAACGGUAUUACGGACCUGUAGAUUUAGGUAUACAUAUGAGUAAUGAUACAGAUGUUCCUCGACAAGCAACAAAUGCAUUAGUAUUUAUGGUAGUCGCAUUGAAUGACCACUGGAAAGUUCCCGUUGGAUAUUUUUUGAUCGAUGCUCUAAAUGGUAAAGAAAGAGCCAGUUUGCUAGAAAAAUGUUUCGAAGUUAUUUAUGAAACUGGAGUAAUAUUGCAUUCAGUAACAUUUGAUGGUGCAAUCGUUAAUUUGAGCAUGUGCACUGCUUUAGGUGCAAAUUUUCAAUUGGGAAACAAUUUUCAGCCGUAUAUUAUUCACAGUAUAACAAAAGAAAAAAAAUUCUGCUUCUUCGAUCCAUGCCACAUGCUCAAAUUAGUGCGAAACACUCUAGGCGAUAAAUUAGUAUUAUAUUAUAAAGGCAAAAGUAUUAAUUGACAAAAUAUUGUGUCCUUACAAACAUUACAGGAAACUGAAGGUUUAAAAGCUGGUACAAAGCUAACAAAAAGGCACAUCUUGUAUAAGAAUUCGAAAAUGAACGUAAAAUUGGCUGCCCAAACACUCAGUGAUAGUGUUAAUACAGCUUUGAAAGUUUGCAAUCAAUACUUUCCUAAUCAGUUUACAAAUGCAGAAGAAACAGCUUUAUUUUGUUCUAUAUUUAAUGAUGCCUUCGACAUAUUAAAUGUAAGAUCAAAAUUCUGUAAGAAAAAAAAGUGCAAUAUGCCUCUCACCAAUGAAAAUUAUAAUGAACUUAAGAAUUACGCGGGGAUUAUUAUAGAAUAUAUAAAACAAUUGCAAUAUUCUACAAACGAAUCGAUUUUGAAGAGUAAUCGAAAGACUGGCUUUUUGGGUUUUAUAAUUUGCUUAAUAAAUAUAUUUGAUUUAUUUGAUAUAUUAAAAGAAAAAGGUCUAAAAUAUUUACUUACGUACAAAAUAAACCAAGAUCACUUGGAAACAUUUUUCAGUGCCCUACGUAGCAGAGGGGGUUUCAACGACAACCCUAAUGCCAAACAAUUUGAGAGCAGUUAUAAGCGCCUGCUUGUUAGGCAUGAAAUUGAAGCUUCUGAAAGAGGGAAUUGCCUAAUAGAUGAUGUGCAAAUUUUAUAUGCAUCAUCAGCAAAUAAAUCAAAUAUAAUAAGCGAUGGUAUAUUCACGGA